UGCGGCGGAUCAGGGCCGAACAAGGAAGUCCGUGGCUGUCAGAGCUGAGCUAGAGGAAAACACAUCUCAGGAGGACUGUAACUUUCUGCUCGUCGGCUCCAGGCCGCGUCCGCUCGACACCAUGUUUAAGAAGCUGAAGCAGAAGAUCACCGAGGAGCAGUCGCCGCAGAGGAAUGCGCAGUCACCGCCGCAGGCCCAGAUGGGCUCUGGUGAGCGGCGCAGCAGCCAAACUCCGCCGUUCCAUCACGAUGGAUCACCUUCUCCCAGUGACAGAGAGGUGCUGGCUGGGAUGAUAGCAGAGCCCGCUUUUCUCUCUGAGUAUACUAUCUUUGCUCUGGACCAUUCAAAUCGACCGAAAACGGCCCAGGUAGCCAGUGUGGGUGCCUCUAAAGGACCAGUCAGGUCUCCCAGAGGCAGCAUCAAUGGCGACGGAAUUGCUUCUCCUCACAGAGAGGAGCCGCAGUCAUUUGCUCAGAAACUCCAGUUCAAAGUUCCCUCGAUGGAGUCGCUGAUUCGUGGCGGUGCCAGUCGAGCAGAAAGUCUGUUCCGCUCCCCCUCCAAAGACAACUUGGUCCGCAGCUCAUCGCGUGAGUCCCUGACUCCUUUGGGAGAGAACGAUUCCCCAGGUGCCCCCACAUACGAUCCCCCUUCAGACAUAGAGAGCGAAGCUGAGGAGCCGCAAGGAACCGCCGAGUCCCUCUCCAAAGAGCAGCUGUUGCACCGACUGUUCCAGGUGGAGAGUAGUCUCGGGAAGUACAGAGGGAAGUACUCAGAGCUGGUCACUGCGUACCGAACAGUCCAGCGAGAUAAAGAAAAAACACAGGUCAUCCUCAGUCAGAGUCAAGACAAAGCUCUCCGCAGGAUAGGGGAGCUACGGGAGGAGCUUCAAAUGGAUCAGCAGGCCAAGAAACACCUACAGGAAGAGUUUGAUGCUGUGCUGGAGGAGAAAGACCAGAGAAUCACUGUCCUCCAAACACAGGUUGCUCUGUUGAAGAAACGAGUCAAGGUGUUCUCUGAUGAAACUCUUCCGCCUGAAAAUGAAGUCCCUCAGUCUAGAGAUACUGAAGACUCUGCCUCUGCCGCACAAAGUCCUUCUAAGGAGCAAGGAGCUGAGUCUGAGGGAGAGGGCAACAGUGAUCCAGCCAAACUAAUGGAGGCUCUGCAGAAGAGAGUGACGAGACAGGAGAGCCUUCUGCAGAAGUGCAAAGAAUUGAUUCGUACACACAAGGAGCGCAGCGCCCAGCUGGGCAGUGAGAAUGAAACUCUGCAGGAGCAGCUGCAGGAAAGACUGCAGGAGCUCGAGAAGAUGAAGGAACUGCACACAACAGAAAAGACCAAGUCUAUCACUCAGCUGCGUGACGCCAAGAACCUAAUUGAACAGCUAGAGCAGGACAAGGGAAUGGUCAUUGCUGAGACAAAGCGGCAGAUGCAUGAGACAUUGGAAAUUAAAGAAGAGGAGAUUGCGCAGCUUCGCUCCAGGCUCCAGCAGACUACUUCCAAGAAAGAAGAAUUACAGGACCAAAAAGAAAAGGCUGAGAAAUCAGCAUUUGAAGAACUUGAACGAGCACUGGGUGUAGCUCAGAAGGCGGAAGAGGCCCGCAAGCAGCUGCAGGUUCAGCUGGAAGAGCAAGUGAAAAAUAUUGAAAUGGAGGGUGAAGAGGAGAGGAAGAAACUGCAGCAGGAACUCACACGAGUCAAACAGGAGGUCGUCAUCAUCAUGAAGAAAUCAUCUGAGGAGACGGUGGCUGGUUUGGAAAAACUCCACUCUGAAACUCUGGCUACUAAAGAAGCAGAGACAAAUGCCAGAAUCAGCAAAGCUGUGGAGGAAUGCAAAGCAGAGUUUGCCCAGUUAGCCAAGGAGCAGGAACAGCAGUCGUCUCUGGCUCUGGAGGAUGCCGAUUUACAGAAGACUGCUGUGAGGACGGAAGCCGAGAGCACGGUUAAAGAGUUACAGCUGGAGCUGGAAACUGCGAGAACCAGGAUACUGGAGCUAGAGAGUUCUAUGGAGAAGUUCUCAGAAGAGGGAGCAAGUCUGUCCAAUGAACUUUCCAGUCAGAUGGAUGAGCUGCAAGAUAAACUCAAGGUGCAAAUCUGCGCAUUACAGGAAAAGCACCAGGAGCAGAUGGAAAAUCACAAGUGCAUCGUCAACCAGCACCACGAUGCCGUUGUUGAGGAGCUCAAAGAAAACCACAGAGUCGAAGUGGAAACCCUCAUGAAGGAAAAAGAAAUGCAGUUCCAAGCACAUGUUGAAGAUAUGAACCAGAAAACAUUUGAGAAACUGGAUGCAAAGCAGGCAGAACUGGAGGCUCUUUCCUCCGAACACUCUGAGGCUUUGGCUACUAAACAGCUUCUGGAGGAGAAGUUGGUGGCAGCUGAAGAGGCUCAUCAUUCAGCUCGGAAGGAGCACAAGAAGAAGUUUCAGGAUCAAGCGGCAAAGCACAGUGUCAAGCUUGCAAACAUCAAACAGGAGCAUGAGCAGUCCUUCGGAGGUGUGGAGAAAACUCUGAAGCAGGAACUUAACGCUAUGCAGAUCGUUUUGAGGGAAAAGGAAAAGGAAAUUGGGGAACAUGUCCUUCGAGAAAAAACACUACAAGAACAAUCAAAUUCCAAUAUUCAGGAGCUACAUGUCAAGGUUAAGGAACUGGAGGAGCUGCAACAGAGUUUAUCACAAUCCCAGUUGGAGUACAGCAGCCUUAAAGAGUCUAAUGCACAGUUAAGUAAAAUCAUGGAGGAGCUUGAUCAGUGUAAGAAAGAUUUGGCAGAUUUGGAGCAUCAGUUGGAAGCUGCAAAGAAAGAUUGUCAACAGAAAGAAAAGUCGCUUCAAGAACAAGAACAUCAGUUACAACAGACCAAAAAAGAUAUUUCAGAGAAAGAGAAGUCAUUUACCGCAGAACUGAACACUAAGCAGGAGGAACAAACUUGCUUUAAGAAACAGCUGGAUGAAAAAAAUGCCCACGAGAAGAAGAUGAAAAACACUAUAACCGAGUUGGAAACUAAGGUAAAAUCACAGGAAACAAAAAUGGAAAAGUUCAAGCAGAAGGCCAAAGAGAUGCAGGAGAAUUUUAAGAAAAAGCUUCAGCAGAACGACGAGACCAUGAAGAAGGAGCUGGCGAAGAAGGCGACAGAGCUUCAGCAGAAAGAGCAACAAGUUCAAGAGAAAAUUCUCGAGAUGGCCCAAAAAAGCUCCCAUGGCCUGAGCACUGCAAUGACAGAGUUGCAGGCCAACCAUAAGGAGGAGGUGGAGAAGCUACGUGACAGCCACAAGCGUGGGGCUGAGGAGAUGCAGCGCCAGUGGCAGGAGAAGUUUGGGCAGCAAGAAGAGGAACUGAUGGAAAAACACUCAGUCGUUCUGCAGGAGAAGGCUCAGGAAUUGGUGGAAUUAUCUCAGCAACUUGGCAAAAGCAGAGAGGACACUGAUCAAGUUAUGUGUGAAAUGAAGGACUUAAAGGAAGAGCUGGCGAUUCGAGAAACCACCGUGCAGAAGCUGCAGGAAGAGCUUAACGAAGCAGCAGUGAAGCUGGAAAGUUUGUCCCAGGGUGAAGCGAUGUUGAAAGAGCAAAUGGAGUCAGUGGAGAGGAACCUGAAUCAGGCUAUGAAUGAGAGAAACGCCCUGCAAGACAAGCUGAGCGCAAAAGAGGAAGAGAGCAGAGAGAAGAUGAAGAGUUUGUCAGAUAAAUUGGAGGAAACCGAGACGCAGCUGAAAGCACUGGAAAGUUCCAGAUUUAAAGAAAGUGAUGACUUGCAGAAUAAAUGUGAGGAAGCUGCCCGUCAACUCCAAGCCAAGGAAGCAGAGUUCCAGCAGCAAUUAAUUAUGAUCAAUAAGCAACUGGAGAAUUACUGUCAGGAGGUUCAGUCUCAAGUGGAGUGUGGAUCUAAUGAACUCCGUCACAGAGUUGAAUGUAGGGUAAACGAGCUGAAGGACAGGCUCCUGUGUAGUCAGAGAAAGGUAGGCCAUCUCAAAAACACUAUCCUCACUAAAGCAGAUCGCAUUUGCACUUUAGAGGAGACUCUCCAUCGGCAGAUGGAGGAGAACCAGAAUCUAUGCAUUUCAUUAGAACAGACGUCUGCUCAGGUAAGUGCUCACGCAGAGCAUAUCAAAGCCUUAACAAACGUCAAGGAGAAUCAUUCUAUGUCUAUCGGUGACAAGGUUCAGAAAAUCGAGGAGCUGAGGGAAGCAAACAGAAUCAUAUCAGAUAGUAUGAAAGCAAACGAGGCGCAUAUCAGUGAUUUGGAGAGCAUCGUCAGUGACUUGAAAAAUCAGCUCGAAAUUUGCGUAAAAGAGAAGGAGGAAGCCAUAAAUCAUCUGAAGCAGCAGUAUGAAGAGGAGAGACAACAGGAGGCUGUUCAGAUGAAGGAGACCAUUGAGAGAUUGGAGCAAGAGAGGAAGUCUGCGUCGGAGCAGGCAGACGCGCUCAGGAGCAGACUGUCUGAGUACGAGAAUAAAGCAGAGAUCAAGUUCGUCCAGAAUGACAACACUAUCACGUCUCUACUGGCCCGGCUGGAAGAGCUGGAGCUUGAAAUGUCUGAAAAGAACGAGGCUCUGCGAAGCCUGACAGCAAGUAUUGACAAUCAGUCCAUCAGCAAGUCUGAGAUGGACCAGGUGUUGAGCGAGAAAGAGCAGAAACUCAGCGGACUCACCUCGGAGCUGGAGAGUUGUGUCUCCCGACUCGCCGAGCUUCAGGAGCAGCUAGCCUUAAAGUCAAAAGAGUGCGAACAACUCGCAGCAGAUCUAAAGCAGCAACACAGCAUCAGGGAGAGCAACAAAAGGGAGCUGGAGGAGCAGCUGCAGCAGACCCAGAUGCAGAGCGCUCUGAGCGGUAACUCAGAGCAGGAGAUGGCAGGGAAAUUGCACUCCCUCGAAGAAGACAACCAAAAGUGUAAACUCCUGCUUGAGAGUCAGAGGGAAGAAUUUGAAAGAAUAAAAAGCGAGAUUAUCAAGAGCAAAGAGGAGAGUCUGAAGGCAACUGCGGAGAAGUUAUCAGCAGAGAGCGCUCGGAAAGUAUCAGAGCUGAAGAAGAAAGCUGAGCAGAAAAUCGGUCAGAUUAAAAAACAGCUGACCUCACAGCUUGAGGAGAAAGAGCAGACGAUCAAAGCUCUUCAGACCAGCGUGGAGGAAAUCAAGAGCAGCGAAACGUCAGGCCAACAACAAAUAGAAACAUUAGAGGAGAGACUGAAAACUUUGGAGGAAGCUCUUGUCAAGCUUAGAGAGGAGCAGGAGAGAGAACUUGAGCAGACGCUGAGAUAUGAGAGGCUUGAGAAAGAAAAGUCUGUGGAAGAACUGAAAACCAUGUAUGAAGAGAAGUUGACCUUACUUCAGACAGAUACAGCUCAACAAGGGGAACUCAAAGAAGCUAAAUCAGCGCUGCAAGAGAUCGAAGCAAAGCUGAAAGAAGCAGAGGAGCAAAAUCAAAAUCUCCUUGCAGAAAUAAAUCAUCUGAAAGAAGAGAUGCGUGAGAGGGAAGCCCGGCUUAAUCAGCAUCAGGAAACUAUUAAACAACCAGAAGUUGUGGCUGAGAUGACGGUCGAAUGUAGCAGCGCACAGCAAACCAAGAGCGUGAUGGAAAACCAAACGCACAACCACUCUCCCCUGCAAGAAGAGGACGGCGAUUCCCUGGAGUCGCUCAAGAGCAAACUGAGUCGGGUGUCGAACGAGAAGGAGAAAAUCCACAAGGAUUUCACCAGGUUACAGAAAGACGUGCGAUUACUGAGGAAGGAGCAUGAACAGGACAUAGAGUACAUGAAGAAAGAGUUGUUAGAGGAGAACGAGAAAAACCUGAAAAUGGAGUUGGAAGAUGUGGAAAUGAAGCACAAUUCUGCCAUCAAGCAUUUAAUGAGAGAGAUCAACACACAAAUGGCCUUAAAAGAGUCGGAGCUAGAAUCGGCAGUAAAGGAAGCCAUUGGUGAGGCGGAAGAAACGAAGGCCCAGAGUGUUGAAGCAGAGCUCAUCACCAGCCACCGUGAAGAAGCCAGUCAGUUCAGGAAGGUGAUCACGCAGAAGGACGAUGAUUUGCACAGAACUGUUCAGAAAUAUGAAGAGGUCAUACAGAGUCGAGAGGAGGAGAUGGGAGACCGAGUGUGGCAGGUCCAGAAGGAAUUGGAGGAUUUGCGAGCGACUAGCCACGGCCCGGCUGAGAUGAGCUCAGAAGAACUACAGACUCAUCUCGCUGAGAAGACUACCUUGCUGAGCGAGGCUCGGCUGAAGGAGCAGGAAUUUGUUGAGAGAAUUCACUCGCUCGAGGACAAGAUUAAAUGUUUCACCCGAAAGACGGUUGUAACUCAUCUCGGGAGCACAUUCAAAGAUUCUGGUUUCAACAGCACUGAUGCUCUUUCAGAAACCACUGAGCUGGAGUACCUGAGGAAAGUGUUUUUUGAAUACAUGAUGGGACGGGAAACAAAAACAAUGGCCAAAGUGAUUACCUCCAUGCUGAAGUUUUCUCCAGAUCAAGCACAGAAGGUUUUGGAUAUAGAAGACUCGAAAACGACUCCUUGGUUACGAUGAGUUGCUGAAUAAUUUGGGUACUUUGGGAGGAGAAUCUGCUGCUGCUGCCGCUGCUGCUGAAGAUGAUGAAGGGGAAGACUGCCAUGGACCUGAUCGAGCGCUUCUCUCUGCAUUCUUGUCAUUUUAUAUCUCUGUGUGUGUGUGUGUUUGUGUGGGUGUGGCUGGGCUGCUGUAUGUGUGAAUAUAUGUAAAGGUAUGAGGGAAUUAAGAGAAAAUAUGCCAGAAACACAAAUCUUCCAUGAAUCCAGUUUUACUCUAAGAUUUAGGUUUAAUUUAUUUGUUUUAGAUGAAGAAAAAAUCAGUUUAUCUUUCUUUCAGAAUGUUUGAAUAUGGUUUGGCUUGUGCAAUAAAUUAUAUUAUCAUAAUAAUGUAUUGAUGCUGACGGUCAGUUGAUUAAUAGGUUUCUGUGUCGUGCCGUUGUCUGAAUCACUUCCUGUGUAAAACUGUAAUCGACCCUUUAACUGUGCACUCGCACCACGUUAAGAUUCUGGACCUGGUUUGUCUGACGCAGCCUUUUUAUGCUUGAUAUUCUGACACUGACAUAGAAAUCCCCCAAAAGUCACAACUGUAAAUUGUCCUGUGAUUAUGAGAACUGUACUAUAUAGGUAGGGCACUAUAUGACUUGCUAUACAUUUUCAGACUAAAAGAUUAAAUCUUAUUUACAGAA